GGUCGCAAAGUUGAUGUUGAUAUAGCAGGUUCUAAUCAACUACGGACACAGUGCGGUCAAGCUCUAAAUACUAUUGCGAGCACCUGCAUUUGUGCAAACAAGCUAUUGUGGCCAUAUUUAUUCGAGUUUAUUUGUAUGGAGCGUUAUUUCCCAGUUGUUGGAGACAUCUGCAAAUGUCUACGGACAUUAGUGGCACGAGAAGUUGAAGAAGGGAGAGAACUAGAUUUUGAGACGGGGUUUGACAAUGGUAAGCCGCUGUCUGACAAAAACAUACAUUUAGCUCGAGUUGCUGGUAAUCACGCUGUACUCGCACGUCUUUUCGUUUGUUUAUGCAAUGCUCCGCUGAACGGUCUUCUAGCUCGGCGGGCAAGAAUCAGCCAUUUAGCUCGAGUUGCUGGUAAUCACGCUGUGCUUGCACGUCUUUUCGUUUGUUUAUGCAAUGCUCCGUUAAAUGGUCUCCUAGCACGACGAGCAAGAGAAGGCUUUGGUUUGAUGCGUGCUUUGAGUUCUUGGUUCAAUCCAGCUAUGACGGAAGUUUUGGAGCGAUGGUCGGAACGAAUGGAAUCUUUAUUAGACGGUAAGCUGAAGUGGAACGAAGCAUGCUUAGAACUGCUUUCUGCUUGCAUUGCUGUCGUAGUGGAUGGUGAGUGGAGAAUGGGUUUAGCCGCAGUCAUGGGGAAACAACUUGACUUGUACAAGGAAUAUCCGGAUGAGAAAGCUUUCUUGUUGCGAUGUCUAGGAACAACACUAUCAAAAAUAGCUUUGAAGUCGUUUGUGGUAGAUCAUCUCAUGCUGAUGUUCAAGUCUGCUCAACAUCAUGUACCUACCGAAAGGCAAGGAUGCGCCAGGGGAGUAGGAGCUUGCGCAGCAACUCAUACCGAGCUGGUAUUGGUAGAGUUGGAGAACGUUUCAAAGUGGGAGCAUGCAAAGAGAAGUAGUGGAUUUUUCGGUUUCAUCAAGGAAGCAAUGCCAAUCCGACAAUAUACAGACACUGAAAUGGUUUUGCUGCGAGCAACCCUUAUGCUCAGCUAUGGCUAUGUGGUGCAAGCUUGUCCCCUUGACACCAUCACGCAGCGACUUCAGCAAACAAUUAUCGCUUUUUUGCGGCACUACUUUGCUAAUUCUAAG